CAGCGAAGCCACGCCCUCCUGCCAGGCAGCGCCAGGCACAGGUCUUCUCUCUUCUCCCAUAUAUUCCAUCUCACAGGCUCCCAGCUAUGGUCUCACUGUCACCACACCACCGUCUUGCCCCCUUCCAUCCCCACCAAGCGGCAGUCUCCAACUCGAGUGCGUGCAGGCGUGCAGCGUGGCGCAGGGCAGGAAUCAUGCUGAGCACCAUUGUCUCGACGAAGCGCGCUUACCAGCUCCCGGCGGCUGUGGAGCGGGAGCUGGUGCAGCUCGAGGGGAGGCACGGACAGCGAGCGGACUCGCAUGCGCAGCAUCGGCUCGCGGGGCUCGGCGAGGCGGCGGCGGUGCGGGUGCUCCAGAGAAUCGGGGAGUCUCAGCAGCCGGUCCAGAACCUGUCUGCCUAUAUCCAGUGGAUGGCCGGCUUCAACGCAUCCCAAGACGCCGCCUGCGGCUCCAUCCAUCCUGAGCGAGAUGAAUCUGCAAUGGGACCAAUGUACAAUCAUGCUGGUGCUCAAAUGGAAGAGGAGAUCUGCAACGGGGAAAUUCCAUUUGAUUCUUCAAAACGGGUCAGGAUUGAGCCAGCUGCGAGCCUUGCCUGCCGGAUGCUUAUGUAUAGCAGUGAGAGCCCUGUCAGGUUGCACACUGAUAGUACUACCCGGCAGCUGCCCCCUCAGGUCGCAGACCAUGAAAUGAUGCAAGUUGGAACCUCAGCCCCGAAUGCCAUGUUUUCGCCUGCGAGAAUGGUUUCCACCCCAAGCCCUCUGCGGAACAUCACAAGACGUUUCCAUGAGAUAGCAGGCCCAUCGAGAACGGUAGGGGUUGAAACAGCGCUGUCCCUAGCGUGCAUGAUGCCAGCAGAACCUCUUGUCGAUGAAAACGCAUUGAGGGCAACAGCGAGCCCGCAGAUGGUAGCACUGGGGGACCUGGAGUUUGUUAAAGUUUUCCUGAUACAUGUGUACCUUGCAGGAAAGAAGAUAGAAGAUGUGUGUGAAUUACAUGAGGAAUAUAUUCGGUCCUUGCAUUCACUGCCAAUGGAGCAUUUUGAGUCAGAAAUCUGGCACAGAUUUGGUCACAAGUUUAUAGCUGAAACAGACAGAAGAAAGAACCUUGAUUGGGACCCAAGUAAAGCAAGUGUAUAUCAUUGCUGUAUCGAGAAAGCAGAAGACUCGGUAGUUACCAUCUUUAAGGGCCCAUAUAGGGAGAACACGAGGAACAAGCUGCAGAAAGUUGUUGGUGAUGACAAUAUUCUUAUCGUGAACUUCUCAGAGAUACCUGGGCAUAGAAACAUUGGAGAUAACAUCGGUACCCACUGUAGUUAUUACCAACAGUUUGCUGAAGAUGGCAUCAUCUUGGGUUUGCGUCGUUACCGAUUUCUCAUUUUCAAAAAUGGAGGGAAGGAGAAAAGAAAGAAAGAUGGAAACCAAAAAUAUAGUUCCUCUGUCAAGUGUUACUUUGUUCGUACUGAGUCUGGAUGGGACAGGGACGAGCCUUAUAUCCUCUCCAACAAAACUAUUGAUGAGGCCCGUAAGAUGUUUAUGCAUAUUCACACUGUGCCCACCGUGGCAAAAUAUUUGGCCAGGUUUUCUUUAGUAUUAUCCAAAGCUACCACACUACUAGAUGCCAACGACCUAUCAAAUGUUAAUGUCAUAACUAUUGAUGAUGUACCUUGCAAGGAUACAAAUGGAAGCAUUAUUCUUAAUCAUGGGGAUGCUUUGAUCCACACUGAUGGGACUGGCCUAAUAUCAGAAGAUUUAGCCAAGAAAUGCCCUGCAAGUGUCUUUAAGGGAAACUUACUGGGGACAAAUGACCUGCACCCUGUUCUUAUGCAGAUGCGUAUGUUCUAUGAUGGACUUGUUGCAAAGGGAACCCUUCUCGUUGAUAGAAGGCUUCCUCCCAGAACUAUUAAUAUACGACCAUCAAUGAUAAAAGUGUCACCUGAUCCAAAUCUACUAGACGGGCAGUCCUUCAACUCAUUGGAAAUAGUUUCUACAAGCAAUCGUCCCAAAAGAGCCUAUACAUCGAAGGUCUUAAUUACAUUGCUUCAUUAUGGGGGGGUUCCAGUGGAUUAUUUUUUGGAGCUUCAAAGGAAGGCAGUAAAAGAUGUUGAGAAAGCUUGUUAUAACACUAGUGAUUCUCUCGAAGUUGCAUAUAACCAUGCUGACAUGGAUGACUCAAUGUCGGCACGAAUGAUUCUAUCUGGAAUCCACCCUGAAGAUGAGGCUUAUUUGAAAUACCAGCUGUCUGAAAUGAUUCGAGAGGAAAGAGAAGGGAUCAAACUAGGAAGAAUUCCGAUAGACGAGACUUACAAUCUGAUCGGCGCAACAGACCCUACAGGGACACUAAAGCCCAAUGAAGUUUGUGUUAUACAUGAGAAUGGCCAACUUUCUGGAGAGGUUCUUGUCUACAGAUAUCCUGGGUUACAUUUUGGAGAUAUACAUGUCUUAACUGCAACUCAUAUUCCUGAUUUAGAGAAGAAUAUCGUGGGCUUCUCCAAAUAUGUUAUACUUUUUCCUAUUUCCGGGCCACGCUCUUUAGCUGAUGAAAUGGCAGGCGGCGAUCACGACGGCGACAGUUUCUUCGUCUCAAGAAACCCACAGUUACUGGAGCACUUCAGACCAUCUGAAGCAUGGGUUCAAAGGGUCCCGCCAAAAAAGACUGUACAGAAGAAGCCUCAAAAUUUCAAUGGUCCGGAUCUGGAAAUCCUUUUAUUCCAUGAGUUUUUAAAAACUAGAUUUACACCCAGUUAUGUGAUGAGUACAGCUGCGGAUUGUUGGUUGGUAUAUAUGGAUCAACUCUUGACAAGUGAAGUUCAAGAACAUAAACGGGAAAUGAUAAAGACUAAGAUGCUUGAGUUAUGUGACAUUUACUAUGAGGCCUUGGAUGCCCCCAAGACAGGGAACAAGAUCGAUAUCCCCCACACACUGAAGGUCAAAGAAUAUCCACACUAUAUGGAUGGGAAAACACAUCGGACCUACCAUUCGACAUCAGUGCUGGGAAAAAUUUAUGAUCAAGCAAACGCAAUGUCACAACAGUAUGACAUUUUUCCAUCAGUCAAUAUAGCAGUCCUGACGUGCUUUACAGAGGAAGUGGUAACCAAAGAGUGCAGGGAGCAGUGGACAAGCCAUUACCAAGACUAUCGAAGGGAGAGCACAUCCUUCUACGGUGCCAAGUACAGCAAAGAAGAGAGAAACAAGAGGUUUCUGGAGCUUUACCAAAAAUAUAAGCGGAUACUGUACCAUUCUGAGGAGUUUAAUGAGAGCCCGAGGAACCACAACGAGGUGUUCGGCGAGGCCUGCGCGAUCUACCAGAUCGUCUACCAGUACGCGAUACGGCGGGACAACAUCAGCCUGUGCGGCUUCGCGUGGAAGGUCGCCGGCCGUGCGCUGUGCCAGCUCCACACGAUCAAACGCGGUGGCCAGACGGUGCUCUGCUCGCACUCCGUCCUCCGGGACGCCUUCAAGAGGAAACGCUGAGGACACUUAAUCUCCGCGGUUUUGGUCACAGGUGUAUUGUGGUGCCCUUCCUAGAGCUCUGAUUUCAGCCAUCGUCCUUCGUGUCGAAGCAAUAAAUAACCUCUAUGUAGUAGAGCUAAGUAUAGAACGACUGAAAUGGCUCCUUACACGGUUUAUCCAACCAUCACUAUGAUAGGUAGUCAAUGCGUUGUGUGCGAAGGGGUCUAUUUUACAGACGGUUCCUUUUAUGAACUGUUUGCGAAUGUGAGAGCCUUCGCAAACGAGUUUCCUUUGUCAAAUGUCUCUGUCUUGGAUGGUCGCAAAUGACAUUUAUUGUUGGACGGCA